AUGGCUCCAUUCGUCCUUGCUGCGGCAUCUGUCGCCAGCAUGCUGGCCAUGCUUCCGACCGCCAUGGCCGGUUUCAACCCGGGCUCGGGAAAGAAUGUGGCCGUUUAUUGGGGCCAGAACUCUUACAAUCAAGGCAGCGGCCCGCUAGCCCAACAGCGGCUGAGUUAUUACUGCUCCAACACUAAUGUUGACAUUAUCCCCGUUGCAUUUAUGAAUGGCAUCACUCCUCCCAUUACCAACUUUGCCAACGCAGGCGACAACUGCACCGCUUUCCCCGAUAACGGCAACCUCCUCAACUGCCCCCAGAUUGAGGCCGAUAUCAAGGCUUGUCAGACAACGUACGGAAAGACAAUCAUUUUGUCCCUCGGCGGCGCUACCUAUGGACAGGGUGGUUGGAGCAGCGCAAGUGCCGCGCAAGCAGCUGCCCAGAAUGUCUGGGAUAUGUUUGGCCCGGUGCCCUCUGGAAAGACAGUUGACCGACCUUUCGGAUCAGCCGUUGUUGAUGGUUUUGACUUUGACUUUGAGGCUGCUGCCAACAAUUUGCCCGCCUUUGGACAGAAACUUCGCAGCCUUAUGGAUGCUGCUGGUGGCAAGAAGUUUUAUCUUACUGCUGCGCCGCAAUGCGUUUUUCCUGACGCCGCCGUCGGUGCUGCUCUAAAUGCCGUAUCGUUCGACUUUGUCAUGAUUCAGUUUUACAAUAACUGGUGCGGUGUCUCCAACUUCCAAGAGGGCUCAACAUCUCAAAAUGCCUUCAACUUUGAUGUGUGGGAUAACUGGGCCAAGAACACCAGUCCCAACAAGAAUGUCAAACUUCUCAUUGGUGUUCCUGCUGCUCCUGGUGCCGGCGGAGGUUAUACGAGCGGCUCAAAGCUCAAGGCCGCUAUCAACUGGUCCCAGAAGUACAGCAGCUUCGGCGGUGCAAUGAUGUGGGAUAUGUCUCAACUCUACUCCAACAGCGGUUUCCUGAACGAAAUUAUCUCGGACCUAUCUAGUGGCCCUACCACCACUAUUCCUCCUGGUGGUACUACAACCACCACCUCACCUUCUACUCCUCCCCCUACAGGAACUCUUGUUCCUCAGUGGGGUCAGUGUGGUGGUCAGGGAUAUACCGGCCCUACCCAGUGCCAGCCUCCCUACAAAUGCACCUACGGCGGGCAGUGGUGGUCUUCUUGCCAGUAA